AUGUCUCAACCUGAACAAAGAAGAGAGUCUUCAUUGAAAUAUCAAACUAGAUGUGUUCAAUGUUAUCCUAAUGGCACAGGUUAUGCACUUAGCUCUGUAGAAGAGGAAGGUCUUUCUAAGCGUGGAUUCCACAUCACAAGAUUGAAUACUUACACAACGGAACCUGUACAACAUGUGGAUCAAACCAUUCUACAACAAACACUCUCUGCUUCUGUAGUUGCAGUUGCAUCACCUUCUGCAGUUGGUGCUUGGGUGGAUCUUCUACCUGAACCACAGGCAUGGGAGGGUUAUGUUGCAUGCAUUGGUGAAACCACUGCUUCAGCUGCUAGAAAAUUAGGCUUAACAAAUCUAAAUUUAAAUGGUAAUUUAUCCAAUCUUUCAUGCAUGGUUGGACCCAUUCCUGUGUCUAUUGAAAAAGCCCCUGGUCGUGACAGGUUAAAGAAUGCAAAACACUUCCAUUUAGCAGAUAAUCAGUUAUCUGGUGACAUUCGAUCUGAACUGUUCAGAUCAGAUAUGACUCUAAUACAUGUACGCCUGGACUCAAAUUCCUUGGAUGGGAUAGUGCCUCAAAACAUCACGAAUCUCAAAAGUGUUAGUAAGCUAUACUUGCCGAACAACAAACUGAGUGGACCUGUUCCAAAUCUCAUCGGAAUGGUCUCCCUCUUUUAUGUGUAA